UGCAGAGGCAAAUCCAGCUGCAUGUUUCCUGUAACCCCUGUCUCUGCUCUGCAUACCUGGAGAUAUGAAUGACACCCAUGGCAAGGGCAAUAUCAGUGCUGCUGUGGAACUGUUCCAGCUCAUCGUGUACACCCCCACUUUUAUCCUGGGAUUGCUGUUCAACAUAAUGGCUCUGUCAUUCCUGUUUUUUAAGGUUAAAAAGCUGUCAGAAUCUACAGUCUACAUGAUAGCCCUUAUAUUCCUGGAUACUUUGCUGUUGUUUACCCUUCCUUUCAAAAUCAUUUCCUACCACCUUCAGGACAACUGGAACUUGGGGUCUGUGUUUUGCUCCACCUUGGAGAGCCUGUACUUUGUGAACAUGUACGGCAGCAUCCUCAUCUCCCUGUGCAUCUGCGUGGAUCGCUACAUCGCUAUCUGCUACCCCUUCGUGGCCCUCACCCUCAGGUCCAUCAAGAAAGCUGCCAUGGUCUGUGCUCUCAUCUGCCUGGGCACCUCUGUGGGGACACUCUCUACUUUCCAACUGCAUGGAAAGGGCCACAACAUCUCGUCCUGCUUCCACAACUUCUCCAAGAGCACGUGGGAGAACGCAGGGCUGCUCAGCACCCUGGAGAUCAUCUUCUUCGGCAGCAUGGCAGCCAUGACUUUCUGCACGGCCCAAACCGUCCGGUGCCUGAGGAGGCACAGAAAGCCAGACAACCCCCAGACACACAGCACCAGAGCAGAGAGGAUCGUGGUGACAAACCUGGCUGCCUUUCUGGUGUGUUUCACACCUUACCACGUGGCAUACUUGUUGUACUUCUUGGUGAAGAACAACGUCAUCCACAUCAGUUUUCAACAAGUGCUACGAGACACUGUUCAGGUCACCCUUUGCUGGGCAAACCUGAACUGCUGUCUCGAUGGGGUGUGUUAUUAUUUUGUUUUAAAGGAGUCCUUGGAAGACCCAUGGCAAAACAGUGAAAAAAGAGCUGUGCAAAAGCCUUGAUUUAUGUACUGAAUGUUCAUUACUUGGGAUGAUGUUGGAGAGGCUUUUGUGGAAAGUACAGGGUUUUGAACUUCUUGCCUAGGCAGUUUGCUUUAAAUAUUCUGAAAAUAUUUCCAAAAAAACAGAACUAUAUCAAUUUCCAAGAGACUCUUCCUAACUUUUUUAUUUCUUUCCAUAAUGUUUCCUGUUAUUAUUUAUAUGUAAAAAUAUAUUUAAUUAUUCAUAUUAA